UGACGAUUCGGCUUCUUCGGGCGCUCAUAUGGAUGAUGGUGACAUUACCCAAAGAAAUACUCAGGAGGAUGAUGUUGACACUCCUCAGGCUGCGGACGACAUGACGUUGAAGGCUUUCCAACGCUCCGCUUACAUGUUGAAGCCCAGGAAGGAAUUUAAGCGCUACUCACCGGAUGAUUAUGCGAAAGGGAAGAAUCCGGUGGCCGGGAGCUCUCGUUUGUCAACGAUGAGAAGCAGGGAGGAUGAGGUUGAGGAUGACGAUGACGAUGAGUCCGAUGACCCGGAUCAAUUUGUGGUUGCGAGAAGGAAGAAGCUAGUAUCCAAGAGGGGACGAGGCCCUAAGUGAUUUGUAGUUGGUGUUGCACUUGUCGAGCUGAACUAUUUAUUGUAGUCUUGAACUAU